UCCAAAUCUUGUCGAACCCUUUGUCGUGUGUGGAAACACCAAUGAAAAAAAGCACACGAUCCCUCUCGGCAACGCGGAUGCUUGUUGUGAAUGAUCCAGCUCCAAAGAUUCAAACAUGGAAAAUUCCUGAGAGACGUACCACACGUUCGGUUGGUCCAAAAUUUGAUCUCAAUGGAUGUCUCAGCUGCCUCAUCAUCAUCGUCGUCGUCAUCUGUUGCUCUUGUUGAACAAUCAGGGGAUGCUCAUCAUCAUGAUAGACAUGCAAUACCGCCAAUGUUCAUCCAGAAGGCUCACUGGCACUAUUCCACGGUGAAGAAAGCUGCACUAGAUUUGGAUGAGGACGUGGUCGACUUCAGACGCGGAUUAACCUUGAAACAAAAAAAUGACCUAAAGAUCGUUGGCAGUCUCUCUGCCAAAAGGCUUGAGACUGUUUGUUCGCAAUAUAUUCAAGCUCGGGUUGGUACUUCUGAGGCCAUGGAAGGCCUCGAAGAUGUCACUAUAUAUGAACAUAAUGACUUUCCGGGACUACAGAUUUUGCCAGGACUUCUGCCACCAGAAAUCCAACAGCAUUUUACAUCACAAAUACUGCAUAACGAGCUGGCCAACGAACGGCACAAAAACAAUUUGAUGCCUGAUUACAACAUACCCUACCCAGGGCCGAGAUCGACCCAGCGGCCGACCGAAUUCAAGUCAUUCUUCACAUAUCCGCAAAAUUCAAGUACAGGAGCCAAUCUGGUACCGAAGACCCCAGAAAGUGCGAAAAGCUUGAACAUGGCCCAGUUCCUCACCAGCAAGCUUCGCUGGCUUACAAUCGGGGAUCAAUAUGACUGGCCCACUCGUACCUAUACGCGGGGUGGACCGUCAACAUUCCCCCCUGACCUUGCAGGCUUGGUCAAUGGGCUCUUUCCUCACAUUCGCCCUGAAUCGGGAGUCGUGCUUCUGUAUUCAGGUAAGGACUACAUGCCGGUUCACAGAGACGUGAGCGAGGAGUGCCAUACAGCUCUUGCAAGUUUCAGCCUUGGUUGUGAUGGCAUAUUCAUUGUUGCUCGGGGUGAGGAUGAUGGCGAGGGAGAGAAUAGACCUCGGACAGUUGCUAUUCGUGUGCGAAGUGGGGAUUGCAUCCAUCUCGAUAAAGAGACUAGAUGGGCAUGGCAUGCCAUGGCAAGGACAAUAUCAGGAACGUGUCCUGAUUUCUUGAGUCAAUGGCCGAAAGGAACUCCAGGGGCGACGCUGGAGGAAAAGAAAGCGUACGAAAAAUGGAACGGAUAUAUGAGCGGAAAACGGCUCAACGUUUCGUGCAGGCAAGUUUGGGAAUGAGUUCGCCUCUUCAUACCACAGACAUCUUGCUGGAAGGAUAGUCUAGCAACGUUCGUCACGAGCAGUUCAGAUGGUCUAGAGUCGCGUGCUCAUUGCGUAUACCAGUAGUUAAAGCUCGUCGAGCUUCUCAGAUCUUUUUUUGGUGAAAUUUUAAUACGAAAGGGAUAAAAUUCUCCCUUUCCUCAA